AUGGCUGCUGCAUUCCGCUGCCUGUCCCUGCUGCUUCUGUCCACCUGUGUGGCUCUGUUGCUACAGCCACCGAAGGGAGCCUGGGGAGCACCGCUGGAGCCAGUGUACCCAGGGGACAACGCCACCCCAGAGCAGAUGGCCCAGUACGCAGCUGAGCUUCGCAGAUAUAUCAACAUGCUGACCAGACCUAGGUAUGGGAAAAGAGACAAGGAGGACACACUGGACUUCCUGCAGGGGGGCACCCCUCAUGCAGCUGCCUCCAGAUCCCUGGUGGAGUCAGGACAGGCCAAGUGCACAAGCGUGAGUGAGAGAAAGCCAGGAGGAGAAGGGGGUAUAAAUGAUCCGGAGCAUCUGCAGGAUUGUCAGAGCCAUUCCGAGCACCUCUCCAGUUCAGAGGGCAAGUGA